AUGGACAAUAGACCGGAAGGGCUCCGGUUUGAUGACAAAGGGAUGGUUCUUCCACACAGCAUCCUGGGUAGUUUGGAAGAUUUUAGAAAUUAUCUGGAGGCCAAAGGGGAGACAGAGCUGGUGAAGCAGAUACCCGAGUCCCAGAGAGAUCCUCCAUCUGAGGCCCCAGGGGGAUCUCAUUCUGAGGCUGUGGCAAGAGGGCAUGGGCUCUCUCCAGGCCACAGAAACAAACAGAGUAAUGCCCUGCAACAUUGGCAUACACACAUGAGGCAGCGCAGACGGCAGCAGGACUUUUUAUCUGAUUUGCUCGACAGGCCGGUUGAGAAUUUACUGAUGAACCAAGCUAACCGUUUCAGAGAAUUUCAGGAGAGGAGGGAAUUUCUAAACCAAGUCAUGCCACUCAUCCACUCUGGAUAUGGUUAUCGUGUGGGCAGUGAGUUUUGGAGUCUCCCCCAGCGUUAUGGAGAUGAAAUGAGUGGCCUCACAGCCACUCUGACUCAGACAGAGCAGGGCAGACGGGAACCUGUCACACAUGUUGGACAACCGAGCAGCAUACGCCAGGAAUCAGGAAUCAUUUGUGCUGAGACUCUGCGUCCAGCAUCUCGAACCUGGGACCAGAGUGCAUACCUACAGCAUCAGUGUCAGGAGCUCGGGGAGGUUCUACGGGACAUGGACAUCAAAAAGCCGGACAUCGACGGACUGGAGGUGAUAGGUGCUGGCAAGACAUUCACCUUUGUCACAGUGUGUGGUACUCCCUUACUGGAGAAGGAAGAAGAGGUGAAGAUGCACAAGGAGGAGAAGAAGCAGAACCUUGAUCCGCUGGAACAGUAUGAUGAUGCUCGGUCAGAUGUUUUGCUCAUUCCUGCCUUGAGGUUCUGUGGGCAGCUUGCUAGCUGGACUGGAAACUCUUCCACUAACGAGGGAGAAGUAGGAAUCAGUUCCACAAUAUUCUUUGAGGCCCUGACUGGAGAAACAGCCUCGUCCCACCUGGAGCUACACAAUGAGGGCAGCACAGCCAUCUUCUACAGCUGGCAUCAGCUUCCCUUUCCACACAGCUUUCCUAACCUGCAAUCACAAACAAUGAACCCGCAGUUCUACUUCAAUUCCUCCUCUGGUGUGAUCCUUCCAGGUGAAACCCAGCUUUUGGAGUUUAUAUUCAAGUCAGAGAAGCCAGGCAUCAAAACUGAACUAUGGCAGCUCAACACCCACCCUAUGCUGCUGCAAGGAGCCUCCAUGCAGGUCACAUUGAAGGGAGUAGCUCUUUACCAGGACAAAACUGCAGACCAAAGACUUUUCGUAGAGACGAAGCUGGAAAAGAUAGUGAUGGUGAAAAUGUGUCAGUCGAUUGUGUAUGAGGUGCUGCGUGGGGUCCACACCCCAGAGAGACCCAGCUCUCCUGCAGAGCUCUACAUCACUGAGGUGCAAACAUUUCGAAACAAAAACCCCAAGUUGCGGUAUCUUCAUCAGCCAGUGGAGGACUUGAAGAGACUGUGGCAAGAAGUAAAUCCAGGGCACACCUGGGACCUCUCUGUUGAUACUCUCCGACAGGUUGUGCUGUCUCUGCCUGAACAAGAGUCAGCUCGGGACACCAUCACCAGAGAAAAGAGCCUGGCCCAGCUCAGCUCUCUACUUCUGCAGCUGUCUGAACCUUCUGAACUGGAACACGACCAUCUAACAGCAGCAGCUUUAGGACAGAUGCUGUGGAAGAAACUUCUGGACACCAUGGCUGGUGAGGCCAUGAGGCUCAGAAACCUGCUGGGCCUCCCAGAGAGAGAAACAUGGAUCGAUAAAAAGGAUGAAUCCCCAAUCUCUUACGCUGAUUUGGCUGAUAAUAUAAACAAAGAUGAGAAGAGUGAGAAAAAGGGAGGAGCAGCUGCUAAAGAGGAGAGGAGUGGGGCCAGGUCCAGAUUUAAAGAUGACAGCAAACGAGAGUCCAAGUCACCAACAACUGAAAAAUCAGUGGAGGAGAACAAGAAGAAGGGGAAAAGAAAAGAUGAAGUGGGGAAGCGCAUCAUGGAAAAGGAAAAGCAAGGGAAUGAGCCUGCCUCACUGACUGAUACCCAUCCAGAGAGCAUCAAUCAGCAACCUUCCGAUGUAGAGCUGGAGGCGAUGAACACUUACACAAAGCUCCUGCACCAGAAGGUGUAUGCUCUGAUGGGAGACCUGGUGGACACCCUGUGUGACCCGAUGGAUGAGGGAGAGGAGGACAGACACACUUUUAACACAUGAGAGGCUCAGGAGCCCUGUAGUCAACCAACUGUAAUAAAACUUGUCACACAGGAAU